UGCCUCACUUGCACUGAACUCGGGCAGGUCCCUCCCUGUCCCCGGGCAGAGGUCACUGGAAAGCACGGAAGAGUCUCCAUCCGCCCGCUGCUUCUGUUUGCCCGUGAACUGGCCGCAGCCCUGCUUUCUCCGUGACAGAGAAGGUGUCACAUGACUGGGUGCUGUCCCUCACGCGCACAGGGGAGCUACGGUGCUCUCCUGAAAAUGAGGACCCGUCCCCUAAACUCGGGAGAGUCGCCUUUGGGUGGCAAUGCUCUGACACUCUCCAAACUCUCCCCAGAAGGGCUUCCUCCCAGGCCGCCAAGAUGCCCGUCGCCGUGGAAAAUGUCAUGAGGCUGCUGUGCUCCAUUUCUGACCAGAAGAAAAUGAGAGUGCCUGUCCAGCCCUCUAAUAAGAGUGCCCCGAUGGCUAUAACUGGGGCCCUGCUUGGUACCGUCUUUGGUGGCCCACCGGGACUAAUCGUCGGCGGCGUCCUCGGGGGGCUCGUAGGGUCUGGGAUGUCGGACGAGCCCUUUAAGCCCGUCCAUAAGAUUCUCCAGCAGCUGUCGCAUAACCAGAAGCAGAAGCUGUUGGACAAGGUCAAGACCGUCAUCUGGAACCUGGACUGGAUGGACAAUGUGGAGCUGAUGGAACUGGUCAUGCGCAGUGAGAGGCUCCAGAGGCAGCUGGCGGACGUCCUGGUGGGUUUCAUCAAGGCGGAGCUGAAGACCGAAGUGCAGUUUGGGGUCUAGUCCCUCGGGGCCAGGGGUCCCCAGGAGCGGCGGGGGCUGGGUGCCCGCAGAGCCCCGUGUUGCCUUAAACCUGCCACGCCCACCCUUGUCCCCCUCACAGCACACGCAAGCGAUUCACACUAG